UGUGACCAACAACACUAGUUAGCCAUGACUCAGUCAAGUGCCGCAGAUUACCACGCAGCCUUCGAAGAUCAUUCGUCAGUUCUCGUCUUGGUCUUAUGCCAGCGACAAGACGAUUUGAAAAAUGAGGCUGUGCUAAACGUCAUUCGUCGAAUCAAAAAGGUUCGAGCUGUUCGGUCGGCGGACGUACCUGGCGUAAGUGUCAAAUACGUAUCAAAUUAUUCCUCUAAAAGAAAUGAUUGGCAACAGUUUCAGGCUCAUAGGGCCGUGCGCGGGGUGAUCACCGUCAGCGAGUAUCGGCCGAGAGCGAUUCAGACAGCCCUCAACAGACAUGGUGAUCUCGUUGACCCGUACGACAAGACCGUCCUUGAGACAAGGUGCAUCUUUGUCGGCAAAGAUGUUCCGUCUCAUCCCAGUGAGAGUCCGGUCAAUGAAGCGGACUGUCCAAACAAUCUGCGACGUGAACAGUGUCUAUUUUAUAUGCCUGACGAGACGUCACAGCUAGAAAGCGACGUACUCGACUUCAUCGCAAAUAUCGUUAUUGUUCUCAGGUCGACGAAGGUUCGAUUAGAGCAGGACGUUAAUAACAAGAAGAUUGAUGACAAAAUUCUCAUUGCUCCGAAUGAGAAAAGGGAGUUCGUCGGCAUUGACGUCGAUAGUCGUCAAUAUCGAAAGCGAUGGCUUGCAAGAAACAAAAAAAUGUUGGCAGAUAUCUCUCUUCAGCUGGGCUAUGUACAAGAAGCUCUGGCACUCUAUUCUGAAGCAAUGGACACGUUUCGGGCAGUCGGAGAUCUUCUGUGGCUAGGAGCGGUCUAUGAGGGACAGUGCGCAGCGUCUGCAGGCCAUUUGCAACUGCCGGGAAAGGGCGGAUUGGUGCGAAACCAGAGCUUUCCGAUGCGGUCGCGUAGGAAUACCCCGGUCUCACUUAGUAAUCCCACGCUGACACAUGCGGGAAGCUGUAAGAGUUUACCUAUUGACGUGGACCCGAUCGAGGCGAAGCAAUUCGGCCGUGACUUGCUUACGCUCGAUGAGAUCGUGGAGAAGAUUCGUGAAGCUAAUGUCACGUACGAACGCUUCAGUCACGCGGUCGGGCCGCAUAUCGAAGUCAACCUAAAGUUGACACGCCUGCUUUCUUUGUUUGAACGACACCUACAGGCCGCCGACUAUUUGCAGACCGCCAUUGUCAUCAACUGCCGCCUAAAUGAAAAUUCUUGGAAGUAUGGAUGGUACGACGCGGUGUCGCAACUCUACCGGGAUAUUGGUUGUUAUCGGAAGGCUGCGUUUUACACGCGAAUUGGAGCUGUGCAAGCGGCCAUGGUACACGACGGAAUGAAGGCCAACAAUGCACUCUGUUACCAGUUAAUGGUAAAAAGUCUUAAGGGUUAUCAGAUAGAUGUUUCGAUAGCAAACCCGUAUGAAGGCAGACGGUGGCAUCCGUUUUCGACGCCGGAACCCGUGAUUGGAUGGUCUCGACUACAGACAACGUUACUUAAUGAUGUCAUUUUAACCGCAGAUCGUUUGCCGGACGGAAAGCUAUUGGCGGCACACCAUUGCGUCUACAUGCUUUGCUAUAUGUUCCCAUUCCUUGAACCCCAGGAGGCGCAUCAAAGCGCAAAAAAACUGGACCAAUUGACAGCCGAAACAGGACCUCUUACGCUGACAUCAGUUUCGAGCGAGUUACUUGACGAGCCUCUUCCGCCAAUACAUCUAAUCAACUACCCGUUGGUGACUAGAGCCAAGCCUCAAGUGCUCGCCGCAGAACCCGUAAAAUGGAGGAGUCCAACCGCGGCGAGCCAACCUGACGGAGGGACACCUUUUAUCUGGGCGCCAUCAAAAAACAACAAGAACGCCGCUCGACAGCCUGGAAUUGAGAAUGGCGGUAUUUUUAAGUCGAAGUGGGUCAAAGGCGAAGUUGCCUCUGUAGAGAUGAUCAUCCAUAAUGCCGCAUCGUUUGCGCUGCAGAUCACGGACUUUCGGCUAGUCACCGAGGGCCCAUUCGACUGUUACCCCACCUCGAUCACUGUUGGCCCAGCUGAGAAGGGUGUGGCAACGGUUCUUGCUGUCAAAAUUCAAGGCACCCCGCAUUCAACGGGCCAGGUUUGUAUAUUGGGUUACGAAUGUGUUGUGCUGGGUGUGAAGACAAGGUGCUUGUUUAAAGACGCGACAUGGAUGCACCGCAAGGUUAUGCCGUCUCCUUAUGACGAUCCCAAAGAAAGCCAAAAGAAUUUCGAGUUUAUCAUCGAUUGCGUACCGGAACUCCCACUUCUUGAAGUCUUAGGGGAUCUACAGACAGACUCAAAUAUCACUGUGUACGCCGGACAGAAGAAGAGCUACCGGGUAAAACUGCACAACAAAAGUUCGGUGCCUGUCGAGACGAUUGACAUCGCCAUCGAGGGUUCGGUCAAUGUACUUGUUGAGUGGGACGAGGCUGAACUUAAAGAACAGCUGCCAGUUGGGCCUGACGCUACUGCAACAUUCCACGUGACACUGACGGGAAGCGAAAACUUCUUAGCUUCACAAAAGUCAACUGAUUUCGUUGCGAAGAGCUCGUCUGCCGCAUCCUCACCGCUCAACACGCCUCGACAACGACGUUUCCAGUCAACGCCAAACACUCCUCAUAGAAAUCACAAUCAGCUGCGGGUCGCCGGCGCCGUAGAGUCCUCGUUGAACACAGUCUCCACCCAGAUGAAUAUCUUGUAUUCAGGCGGGGCGGGCAUGGCAAACAACUAUGCUCGCCGGUGCUCACUCAAAACUCGACUAACUGUUCUGCCAUCGAUGGUUAUCUCACAGUGGGAUGUUUUAUUGGCCGACUCGGCAACCCAGUGCUACCUCGUAUUGGAUAUUGAGAACCGAACGUCUCAGGAGAUGGAUCUUGAGUAUCAAGACGGCAAAUCGAUUGUUAUCGAAGAGACAUGCAAGAUUCCAGUGCUGAUCCCCAGAUGUAAGCCAUCUGGGGGAGAUGAACAGCUCGAAGAGCUGUGUCGUCAGCACAUUCAACGUCAUGUAAAGCUACGCUGGUCGCUAAGUCCCGAAAUAAGUGGAUAUGCCAAUCUGAAUGAAUGCAAGUGGUCUCCGGCACAGGUAGACACGAUCCUUUCAGCUUCGCUUUCCUGUGAAAUAUUUUUGCAAAGGCGGUUAUACAAUGCUGACGAUGAAUUCAUUCUCAAAAUGGGCGUUCCUCUGAGCGUGCAGGUUGAGACGCAAAACACGUCGCUUUGCUCCCUCCGCCAGCUGCUCGUUUCUUUACGCGUGUACCACGACUACCAAAACAAGACGAUCAAACUGUCGGAUAGUGUCUGUUUUCACGGACCGCAAAGAAUACCUAUAGAGACGAUUGAACCCGGUGAAAAAGUAAAUGUAUCGUUCUGUUUGUUAUUCCUUUUCGUUGGCGAUUACAAAAUCGAUGUCGACUGCUCUACGUUAAGUGGCGAUUGCGCACGUUCUGUAAGCAGUCGGGCUGAACUUGGACUUCGCGGCACUGCUGCUUGUCCGAAAAGUAACAGCAGCAUGGCUGCUGAUGGUAGCGAACAGGAUUCAUCGACGGCGGCAGCAGCAGGAGGAGCAAGCACAACUUUAGCGCGCAGACAGCAUCUGCUGUGGAGGUCGCCUUCGCCGAUAGAGAUUACCGUCGUGGACCUUGAACGAGACCCAUUACUAUCGGUGCCGCUAUAAAUAACGACGCAGGACGACAAAAAAUUAAGAAUGAUGGGCACAAAAAGAAUGUGCGGAGAGAAACUGUGAAGAAAACUAAAAAGUGUGUGUCAACAAACACGUUAUCGUACCGUAUACUUAUUCAGGGGACCUCUAAUUCUUGCAAAGCAGAUUGAGGCAAAAUAUAGAAAAACAACGACACAUAGAAACUAACAAAAAAAAAAAAA